AUGCUUCAACCUAACGCCUCUCUUACACCUAGGCAUACUCCACCUUUAAUUCCUGAAUCUCUUGAUAUAUCUGUAUCUAAGGCUGUUCAACGAGGUACUUCUAGCAAUGGAAACUCAACCAGUCUGGCUCCUCAAUCAACUAAAAAAUUAACCUCUUGCUCUUCCGAUAUUUGCAAGCUUAUGGGCAAAAAAUCUCAGCUUCCCUCUACGGCCGUCUCUUCCUCCUCUGGAACCCGAGUGGCGCCCGCCGUUUCUGAUCGUCUACCUUGCCAACUUGCCUAUGCACCAUCUACCGUUGAUACGAUGUUAGACUGGUUGAUCCAUCAGCAAUUGAGCCAGGCUGCUUGUCUUCAGGCAAAUAAUAAGAAAGUAUGUCACGACCACCAAAAUAUCGAGAAGCCAAUGGAUAUUUCAUCAUCAUCAAAGUCAUCUCCUUCGCUCUCACCUAUCGCCGAUUGCCCUUUGGGACCUGCUAUUUCAGUAUAUCUUAUGCUACGGGCCAUCUGUAGGCAGUGCGAUCGCUGGGAGACGAUAGAAAAGAAACAACAGAAACAAAAGUCUCGGGAGGUUAUUAAUACAACUUCUGGGGCGGGCGAAGAAACCAGAUCAGGAAGUGGAGUAGAGGCUACAACUUCAACAAAUCAAGAUACAGAGGCAGUAAGACCGAAUGUCUUCGCAUAUUUUAUUCUAUACUGCAAAACAUAG